AUGGAGGCCCCCAAACAUAUUUCGCUGCGCCUGCCCACAGACAGUUGGGACCGGGAAGUCUCAGCGGCAGUGCCAGCUACUUCUGGUGUAGCUUCUACCCCCGUUUCCGCCUCUUCUUCUGCUGCCUUGCCUCCUUCUGCGGCCCCAGAUAGUGCAACACGGCUAAGGAAAGAAGCCGCUCCUUCCAAAGCUAAGGAGUUAAUAAGGCUGGCAUUGCUUCUGCGGCGGCCAGAUAGAGCAUCGGCAGCCAAGAUAGGUGGAAAUGUUUCAGCAGCAGCAACAGAAUCAGCUGUAGUCUCAAUCAGUAACGAUAGAGCUAGCAGCGCCAACGGCAGCACGAGACGUCAAUGGGGAAACUCACCAUCAGCCGGGCCGUCCGCUACACCCCCAUCUGCAGCAGCAGCAGCAGCAACAGAAGCAGCCGCAGGGUCUAUGCGUCACUCUCCCAGGGCUCUCCAGCAACAACGACUAUCUUCUGGGACACCAGCAACAAACGCAGCUCUUGCUGCAGCAAAGCAGCGGGUGCUCGAGAAGCAACAGCAACUUUUGCACUAUCUGGACUGCAUAAACGCAGGAGAGUUGUUGCUAAGAGAUGUACAGCAGCAGCAGCAGCGUCCUAAACCACCCACAGCCCUCAGCAGGCUCACAGGCACGCUGCCGCAACAGCAGCGACACCCCGAGGAGAUGAGACAGCAGAGGCACCGUGAGCUAGUGGAGCUGCUGCGGGGUCGUUGUGCAGUGCAGAAACAAAACAGGCAACCGUUGAGCAAACGGCAACAGCAGCAGCAACAACGCUUGAAGGGAACUAAGCGGCAGCUGCCAACAAGUGCCUUGCAGUUACUUUAUUUCAGACUGCAGCGGAAGGCGGAGCAACUACAACUGCUGCAAGAGCGGCAGUUGUCUACUCAACAGCACCAUCAGGAUCCAAAGAAGCUAAGGCAGCCACAUCAGGAGGACCAAAGAGGUCAACAGCACCAGAAACAGCAGGAAAGGCAUCAGCAACAGCCGUGCCACCCACAGCAAUGCCAGGAACAGCAGCAGAAACAACAAAAGCAUCUGGAGCAGCAACCGCAGAAGGAACAGCAGCAGCAAGGACAAGCAGAACAAUCGCGAUGGCAACACCAAAGCCAGCAAGUGACGCAGCCGGUCGUCCAACAGCACCCGCUGGGGCAGCUGCAAAAUCGGUGUGAAGGCAACACAUUUCUGACUGCUUGUGAAGAAGCCAGCGGCUCUCCACUUUCUCCUGUUACUCCUGCUGGUUUUGGGGUCGCUGAUCUUGCUAAUGUUGGCCCCGUCACGCGUGCCAGUGUUGCUGUUGCAACAGCUGCUAGUGUUGCUGCUGCCCAUGCAACGGCAGCACAAAAAAGCGCUGGAAUAUGUACGAUGCCGCCGGCGGUAGAAGCAACAAAGGGCGUUGCUGCUGCUGCUGAUCACACUCAGCUUGCUGCCACUGCAACAGCGGCUUCAAUUGCUGUCACUGGUGCUGCUGCGACGAGGGCUGAGGCUGCUAUCUCUGGUGUCCCCUCGGAUGCUGCUGCUGAUGUGGGUAUUCCUCCUUUGCAUCUCCUAGAACAUUCAACGCCAUCUGCACUCAGCAGCGGUUUCAGCAGCCGAAACAGCAGUAGGCUAAGCCUUGCGCAGCCGCUGCCAAAAGAGAAGCAACAGCAGCACCACGAUCGCCGUAUGCGUCUGCUGGAUGGGAAGGCAGCAGCAGCACCUCAAUCCCUGGCGGCAGCUAGGCGGCAGCAGCUGCAACAGCUUGCCGCCUCCAGGGCAGAAAGUUUGGAGCACUUCGGGACGGUUUUAGAAGCAGCAGCAGUAAGGUGCGACAAGCUUAUGGCUGCAAGGGAGGCGUUCAAGGAGCACGUGCGCAGCAACGGCCCAAGACUACGCCGAAACGUAAUAAACGGCCAGGCGAGCAGGAAGAGCCUUGGAGUGUACAAACACCGGGCUGCAGCAGCCACACGAAAGGCCGAAAAACUCCAAGCAGAAGAAGAAGUAGCAGCUGCAGCUGAGGAACAACUGCAGCGGGAAGCUGAGGCGUUGCUGCCCUAUAAGUCGGUUUGUUUUGCGAUUUGCAGGAAAAUGGAGCAGAUCCGAGCAGAAUUUGCGAAUUUUAAGAAGCGGGUGUUGCAGGAAGAGGAGACCCACUUGGAAACCCUCAGGAAUAUAUUCCAGGAGCUGGAGGCAACACAGAUGACGGCAGACGGACUUGAAACCGCAGCAGAAGAGGCGAACAGCAGACAUAGAGAGGCUGCGGGGUCUUUGGGCCUGCUGUAUCAGAAAACAAAUAACAUGUUUUACAAAUACUCGCAAAAUCCGUCGGUCUUCCGCCUGUACGCCGUGGGUCUUGAAAAGUCAGCAGCAGCAGCAGCUGCUGCUGCUUCUGCCCAGGGAGGUACAAUGCACCGCGGUUUGCCUAAGCAGCAGCUGAUGCAAGCCACAGAGUACUUCGUAGCACAGCAGCAGCUCCUGCGCCUGAGGGACUUCAUCGAGAAAUUGGAGGCCGUGCUGCAAGAUCUCCAGGAGGAGGCGAAGAAGCAACGUGCGUGUGCGGGUUUCGGCUUUGGAGAGCCUCACGAACAUUGA